GCAGAACCGUUAAAAACUGUGUCGGGGUAACUAUGCUCGUGAUGUUUGUUUAGAAAUGGCAAUUAUUUCACGACGUGCUACUGCUUCGUCGUCGUCUUCAUCCACGUCUUCGGCUUCAACAACUUCUUUAGUUUCUCUAAUAGAACCAGAUGUUAAUAAAAUUUUAUAUACAAGCAAAUCAGUUCGCAGUAUACCGUCAGAUAUAUCCCAUAAAGGCAAUAAUGCAGCUACAGAAACUAUUUUUCCUGACACAUUGCAUGAAAACAAUGUGGUUACUCAAUUUACUACAGCAACUACUAAAACCACAAUGCAUAAUGCAAAGCAACAAAGUUUUACAACAACAAUUAAACCAACAACAAUUGGCUCAAAUAUAUAUGGUUCUUAUACUGCCCACCCAACACUUGUCGAUAUCGAUGGCACUGCCUCAACUAUCUCACCCUUCUUACAAAACGAAACGGAACGGGAUCGAAUACGAGCUGAAUUCUUUGCCACUUACGAUGUUAUGACAGGUGUACGCAUAGCUGCAACACUGGGUGGUUUCUUUGGACUAAUGGUUUUCUUAAUAGUGUGGAAAAGUCGAAGUAGUUCAAAUGAGACCUUGAAGGUUUUAAAGGAUCCUAAAAUGGCGGCAGUUGCCGCUGUUUGUAUGCAAGAAGAGGAAGAACGAGAAAUUCAGGAGGCAAUGGUAGCUACUGGUAUGUCAAUCUAUCCAGAUGAAUAUGAUGCUAUAAUUUAUCGUAGACAACGAAUGUUGUCUUUGGGAAAUGUAAGCGCUCCGCCCAUGCUUAAUAGAGGAUACCGAUUUUCAUCAGUUGGUGGCGGUGGUUACAGCAGUUUGCUGGAACCACCGCGUCGCUUUUCAUAUUCUGCUACAUCAGGCGGUAGUCUAACUGGUGGUCGUCGCAAAAGUGGCUCAGAAACAUCACGGAUACUCAGCAAUUACCCAAUGGGUAGUAGCUUCGGCACAGAUGACUAUUUUAUUGAAACUGAAGAUGAACUCGAUAAUGGCGAUUAUGUGCGAAAUGAAGAACAACUGGAAGAACUGAAUGCCAUACAUAGACGUACAGAUUCAACGAAAAGUAAACAAGGGUUUCUAGAAGUGCCACUUAUGGGGCAAGACUCCAGACGCAGCAGUGCCAUGACAUGCUGCAGUACGGAGAGUUCGUACCUCGAACGCCGCUAUUCUGCAUUUACUUUAGGCUUGAGUAAUUUGCCGCCAUCAUUACAACGUAAACUUUCAGUAACUUCGCGGACAUCCAGUACUGAUAACUGGGAUUAUUAUUAUCCUGAUAUACAAGUUAUACAACCAACUCCUAAACCGUCGCCAUGUCCUUCAGAACGAAGUAUCUAUGAGCAAUUACAAGUACAAGUGGGUACGACAACUGCACCUACCACAACAAUACCAUCUCAUACAUUACCUACAGUUACAACUGCGAUAGUGCCUGCAACACCAAUUAUCGCAACUGCAACAACUGCAAUGAAAACAAGUGCACAAAUACCGGGUAAAAUUGCUAAACCAAAACUUGCUGCCAAUUGGAGCAUAGGUUUACCAACACCACCGACAUUUGUUAGGAAGCAAAGUAUAGCAUAUUAUGAUCCUACUAGUGCACAGGCUGGACGCAAACAACAAAUACAUUCGAUAAGUGCCGACACUGUCGAUAUUUAUCCACUUGGUGGUAAGUUAGCAGAGACGAGUAAUAUUGGUACAGGAUUAUUAAGCAACUUCACUAAACCCAUACAGUCAGCUCCACCAGCUAGCGUGCAUCAGGGAUUUAACUUUUCUGAUUCGCCGAUAGAAGAGCUGCGAUUGAACGUACACCGCAAGAUUGCAGUUAUUGAACUACAUCGGCCAUAUGCCGAACAAAUGACACCGCCACCAGUUAGUGGACUAACUUUUGAGAACAACAAUAGUUAUCCUUAUACAAUUUCAGCAGCGGCCAUAGCCGCUGCAAAUGCAGCUAAUUCAAGUAGUAUUAGUAUGGAUAGCAAUGAGAGGUUGAACGGAAGUGGCAGUUUUGGAACUGCCUCAGCAAAAACUAUAAAUGUUGAGAAACGCGCACCACUAGCGUCACUUAGUUCCUUUAAAAUAUCUUCACUCGAAUAUCAAGACUCUGAAAUGGGUUCAAUUGAUGAUGAUUCAGUUUUUAUAGAUAGUGCCGCAGACACAGAUGAAGAUAUGCAACAAUUAAGCAGUGACAGUGAAGAAGCCAGUUUAGGCGUACACGAUACCAGUCAAACCAAUGAAAAAUCCAAGUUAGUAGCUUCGGCUGAACAGGAAGCUCCUGCAAACAUACGUCACAAUCAACACAUAAAACACCCCAUUGAAAAACGUUUCAGUCUGGUGUCUACGAAUAUUAAUGCAACCACUGCCAGCCGCGUCAGAAAACCAUUACUGCAACGUCAUCGUACUAUAAGCGUAUCAUCAAGCGAUCGUGUCUCACUUAUUGGGCCUCAGUCUAAAGAAAUUCGCAAUAAAGGAACUGGCAGUGGCACUCAAACACCAACAACUACCGUGCAAACUGUUCCUUUAGAGACUCAUUUUGGUACAGUCAUAUGCACAAACAGUCCACCAAUGCAUUCGAGACGUGCACAACUUUUACAACAAUAUAGCGAUCCGCACAGUUUACCAACAACGACAACGACUACAACUAAUACAGAAGACGACACCUGCCCCACUUUAAAUACAGAAAUAUGUACUGGGGCGGAUGUAAGUUACACUGCUGACAUCGAUGGAGGUGGAGGAUCUACAACACAAACCCAACACAGUAGUUUGAAUACGAUUGUAAGCAUCGGUCGAAUAAGUCCCUUGUCGGACAAUAAUAAUUCAAACUGUAGUGCAACUGCUGGUACUAGUAAUGUAGAUACUGAGAGCAACACAACUAAUAUGCAGACGAGACCACAACUUAAACAACAACUGCCACGCUCCAGGCUCGCAGACGAUCCUUGCGUAUCUUCAAUAUCCGACUCCAUUAUUAAUACGCGUCAACCCAUUAUAUGCAUGCCAUCCUCGCUUAAAAGUCUUAUACUACGCGGGACAACAGGGUCAGAUAAAUUAAGUCCAUUGGGCACUGCAGCAGCACUUCCAGUUACAAGUAACACACAAAUUAGCAAAAGUGCAACCAAUUUAAGUCUAUCAGACACAAACGAUGAUAUAGGGAACAUCUAUGCUCAUACCAGUCCUUGCCCAUCUGUUAUGCUGGAACUGCCCUUAAUAAAGUUACCUACUGACGAUAGCUCAGAGAGUUCAACUGCUUCUGAUAAUUUUAAAUACAGUCGCAGCAAAAGCGAUGAUUCACGUGAUCCUAGUCUACCAGGUUCUUCCAGAAAGUGGUCCAAGGAAACAUUAUUUUAGCUAGAAUUUACAAAAAAGCUAACACAAAAAUUGGUAUAAGCAACAAAAAUAAUACAAAUGAUAAAUGAUAAAUUACUUUCAAAUUUCAAGAACUUCAGACUUCAGACUUUAGAUGGCUGCAAAUUUCUUCAUGUCGAAGACACGCACAACCGCAAGUGGAAGCAUAAACAUCUUCAAUAAAAUUUAGUGUACGUUAAUUAAUAGCAGCAUUUAAACAGAGCUUAAAUUAUAAAAACAAUU